UAGCGCUGAGGCGUAAUGGCGGCAACUUCAAAAACUUCUUUCCAACACUUUUUUACAUUCACUUGGAGUUGGAUUACCGACUCUCACGGAAAUCUUUGGGCUUGAUAUUGAUCUAGACCAUUCAGUCAUCAUGCCUCUCCCAGCAACGGAUGAUUACUCGGCUGUUCAGGCUUUCUUCACAGCCAAAGAAUGGGCAGAGACCAGUGACUAUGAGAAGCUUCGUCUCAAGAACAUCAAAGAGAACUACGAGAUGAUGAUUGAAGUUGGAUUACAGGUUGGUCCUCCGGAGUUCAUGCGACCUCGGCGAGGAAGAAAGAAACAGAUUGUUGAGGAGAGUGACAGUGAGGAUGAGGAAUGGAAACCUAAGAGAGCUAAAAAGAAAUCAAGAGGAUCUUUUCAUGCACCGUUCAAGGUUCAGCAGAAGGUAACCAAACCAGUUCAUACAAAGAAGAAAAAAUCAUCUCAAGAGUGUACAAAACCACACACUGUAACGUCAGGUACCGUGUAUGAUGAUGAUGGCAAUCCCUUGGAUGAUUCCAAUCACAUCGGGGGAGAGCGGAUCAUCGAUCUUCUUGAGUGGAAGGACUAUGAUGAAGCUACCCAGGCACAAACCAAUCCAGCAUCAUCAGGUGAUCAGGGGGAUCAGUCAGGUGAUCUCAACACUCAGUCAUGUGAUCACAAGACUGAGCAAACCUUGACAGAAGCAUCUCCAGGAAGGGAGCGGACUUCCAAGCAAUCCCAAUCAUUCUGCAUGAAAGUUGGAGGGAAAGCAGGUGGAAAGGCCAAGUCUCUCUCAGAAAGGAGAAGAGCAAAAUUUCAACCAUCGCCUAGACAAUCUAGGUAUCCUCGAAGAUCCGUGACCAGGAAGUGCUACAAAGAAGACGAUGUUCCUGAUGAUGAUCAUUACAUCUAUUGUGAGGACUGUCAUGAGGUCUUUGAGGGUGAGUGUUCCAAACAUCCCCUCACCAUCAUCAAGGACAACCCCAUCCCUAAAGGCUGUAAGGACAGAGCAAUGAAGACUCUACCAGAUGGUCUACUGGUCAAGCAGUCAUCGAUACCGGGGGCUGGUCAGGGAGUCUUUGCGACCAAGUUCAUUCCUAAAGGAUAUCGGUUUGGCCCUUAUGAAGGUGACAUUGUGGACCUAGAAACAGGAUAUGAUAGCGGUUAUGCCUGGGAGAUCUGUACAGAAAGCAAAGCCCACCACUAUGUUGACAGUAACAGUGAGCUGACAGGAAACUGGAUGAGAUACAUCAACUGUGCACGUAAUGAGGGUGAACAGAACCUUGUAGCAUUUCAGUAUCUUGGUGAGAUCUACUAUCGUACCUUCAAACCGAUCUGUCCAGGAAGGGAGCUACUGGUCUACUAUGGAGAGCAGUACGCUAAGGAUCUCGGUAUCACAUCACAGCUCAAUAAACUCAGUGUAGAAACAGAUUCUGGAGUCUAUAGAUGUGAGUACUGUGGAUCACUCUAUGCUAUCCCUUUGGUCCUGGCAAGGCAUCUCAAGUACAAACAUGGUCAUCGUGGUGUCAUCCCCCCAGCAGACGCACCAAAGGAAGACAUUCUACAGUUCAUCAAAGGAGAAAUACAAAAACCUGCUCUCAGUAGAGUGAUGAAGAUCAACACUAGCACUGGUAUAAGAAAUUAUGGUAGCAAUGCUGUGUCAAACUAUAAGAUCAGAAAUUAUUGUAAAGCUGAGAUGAAACGCUUUGAUAAAAAUAUACUACCGCAUGAAAUCCUAGCAGGUAAAAUUGAAAAUAUCAAAACAAAUAGGAAUGCUGAUAUUUUUGAUAAACAAUGUAAUGAAUUUCAAGAUAAUAUCUCAGAAGGUAAAGAAAAUCAUGUUGGUGAAAUAUUGUGUACUAAUGAAGACAAUCCCACAAAACAUAAACAAAGUCAUACAGGUGAGAAGCCCUAUGUAUGUGAUCAAUGUUUUAAAGCAUUUAAUCUAGAAGGUAAUCUCACAAAACAUAAACGAAUCCAUGCAGGUGAGAAGCCCUUUGAAUGUGAUCAAUGUGGUAAAGCAUUUAAUCGUGAAGAUCCUCUCACAAAACAUAAACGAGUCCAUACAAGCGAGAAGCCUUAUGUAUGCGAUCAAUGUGGGAAGGCAUUUAAUCAAUCUAAUGAUCUCACAAAACAUAAACGAAUCCAUACAAGCGAGAAGCCUUAUGUAUGCGAUCAAUGUGGGAAGGCAUUUAAUCAAUCUAAUGAUCUCACAAAACAUAAACGAAUCCAUACAGGUGAGAAGCCCUAUGUAUGUGAUCAAUGUGGUAAGGCAUUUAAUCUAGAACGUAAUCUCACAAAACAUAAACGAAUCCAUACAAGCGAGAAGCCUUAUGUAUGCGAUCAAUGUGGUAAGGCAUUUAAUCAAGAACAGAAUCUCACAAAACAUAAACGUAUCCAUACAGGUGAGAAGUCCUAUGCAUGUGAUCAAUGUGGUAAGGCAUUUAAUCAAAUACAGAAUCUCACAAUACAUAAACGAAUCCAUACAGGUGAGAAGCCCUAUGUAUGUGAUCAAUGUGGUAAGGCAUUUAAUCAUGAAUCUAAUCUCACAAAACAUAAACGAAUCCAUACAGGUGAGAAGCCCUAUGUAUGUGAUCAGUGUGGUAAGGCAUUUAAUCAAUCUAAUGAUCUCACAAAACAUAAACGAAUCCAUACAGGUGAGAAGCCCUAUGUAUGUGAUCAGUGUGGUAAGGCAUUUAAUCGUGAAGAUCAUCUCACAAAACAUAAACGAAUCCAUACAGGUGAGAAGCCCUAUGUAUGCGAUCAAUGUGGUAAGGCAUUUAGCGAUGGAAGUCAUUACAGUAGACAUAAGCGAACUUGUCUCGGUGCAAACACACAGUGCAAUAAGAAAAAUGUGCAGACACAAAACAACAUCAUACAAACCAAUGAAAUAUAAUCCAUAUGUAUUAUGCAGUUUUCAAGACAUGAACUUUCUUAGGUCAUUAUCAAAUUUAUUUAAUUGGAAUAUGAAUUACAUGAUAUUUCAAAUGCAUAAAUAGAUUUUUUUUAGUGAAUGAUUUCAUUCUAGUAUGGAAAAGCUUUCAAGUUUGUCUGAAUUGCAAACAAUCGAAAUGAAAUCCAUUUAAAUGAUCAUUUCUCUAUCUGCCUUUUCCCUUAAUUAGUUUAUAACAUUGCUUGUCUAUAUAUCACAAAAAUACUCAUUUAUACCUUUUAUUGUUAUUUUUUUCAACCGAAAGAUCUCUAUUAACACUAUAAUUUGUGGCUCCAUAUAUAUGUAAUAUGUAGAAAAUCACAUACAUGUAGAUACAGGUGCAUUGAAUUCCACCAGUGUAAAUUCUGAGGUACUUUGGAAUGUUGUUUAUCUUCAAAGAACAAAAGAAAUGUACAUUGGUCAGGUAUAUUUCAGUUGAAAUUUACUACCUGUUGUAGAUUACAUGUGCAUGCAAGUAUGAGAUGUAAGUUUGGAUUGGAAUUUAUUUCUAUUUAGAUACACACCAAUCUCCUACAGAUUGUUUGUGAGAACGUAUGUCUACUUGAGCAUCGUAAGAAACUUGCAAUCACUUGUAAGUCGAUUUUUUUUUGUUGAAAAAAAUCAAUUGUAAGUCCUGAAAUUAAUUGCUUUGCCCCUAAUUGCUGGUCUACUAUUCGAAACAAGAAGUUCAAAUUGAUUUGCGAUAGUUGAACUUGAUCACUUUCAAACUUAAUUGCAACAUAUUGAUUGCAAAUAUUUUCUUGCAACAUCCUAAAUGAUUGAAAUUUCAUUUGGCCUAAUAUUUAAACAUUUGUUGAAAAUGAAAGAUUCUUUAUUCAAAAUAUCACUAUGAAUUUCUGAUUUACUAAUCUUAAGCUUAUUAAAAGUUUAUUUAUAAAAGAAAUGAAAAAAAUCGUCUUCCCAAAUAGAAUUUUGUUACAUACAAUAUACAAAUUUUGAUAUAUGAACCAUUAUCAAAUAAAUCUGAAAAUUCAAUUGAAAUACAGUUGGAUAAGAACUAUUUGUGAAUAUGUUUCAAAAUGUGGUACAAGUUGAAUGCAUGUGUUGUCAGACAUACACAAAAUAAGGUUGUUGAAUAAUUUUACUUAAUUUGGUGUUCUUAACCUAAGUCAUAGUUAUACAUGAAUUCAAAUUUACAUUGUAGAUUAAAUAAAUCAAAUAGUAAUUUAAAAUUGUAAACUGCAAUCACAAUAAAUCUUUAAAAGAAGGUUUUGAUUAGAUUCAUCCUGCUUAAAAUGUUAAACGUAUAAUCUAUUGUCCUCGUUACUUAUCUUUAAAACAUUCUUAAAUAACACACAGUUUUAAAAAAAUAAAUGAAGCUUCACACAGGGCCUCUAUAUCUUGAAAAGUUUUUUAAUAUAAAAUUAGAAUAUAAAAAGACUAUCUCAUUAGAAGGAUAUGAGAAAAAAGUAGAGAUGAUAGAAAUUUUAUUCAUAGCCAUUAAAACAAAAUAUUUGCACUUGGAUUAAAACAACUGGUAAAGGAUUAAUAAUGUGAACUAUACUACUACACUAUACUACAUUUCAAUCUUAAAAGGUUAGUAUUCAUUCGUAAUGAAAUAGGUUAUUUUUAAUUUCCAGUGAUCACUCAAGCAUGAAAGGAUGAAUAAUUUGUAGCUUUCUAAUGUCCAAUUACUAGAUUUAUAAGUACUCAAAUUUUCUUGAUAAAAAAUAAAAAUUCUGAAAUUUGGUGUUAAUUUGGCAAGUUUGAAUCAUAACAGCUGAAAAAAUACUCCACUAUCAAAUUGGUAAUGACUACAGUUUUGUAUUAUAUUGGAAUAAUAUAUGAUGCUGGGAUAUGAAAUUCUUUAACCCUUUGCAAAAGUUUUAGACAGGCUUUAACUUGUCAUGAGAACUGUACAUGCAUUUCAAGUGUUCGUAUGACUAUUUCAUCAGUUCAUUUUGAAUUGAUGUAAGGGGAUUUACCUAUAUCAAUUGAAGUGCAUGUAAACAUACAUUCAUGCUUAUUUGAAAGAAAUUUAUGAUAGAUUAAUAUUUGUUUGAGAUUAAAAAGAGAGUUUUAACCAGAAUUUCAAACUGAUGUACAUUACGCUUUUGUUGCAUUUGUAUAAAAAAAAAAAAAAAAUUGGCAAGCCAACAUUAUAACGAGUAAAUGGAAAGCAAUAUUAAGACUAUGAGUAAUUGUGUGUUUAGUUCUGCCAAGUGUUGAUUCAUGUGUAUAUUUAUGUUAAGAAUCUGUGGCAAGUCACAAAAGUGUUAAUGUUAACUAAAAACAAACCAAAAACAAAAAAAAUAAAUGUUAGCUCUGUACAUGACUGAUUGGUGUUACUAUUUUGCUUUCCAAAAAGGCUCAUUGUACAUACACAUAUUUUAAAAGUUGUCAUUGACAUGUAAAACAUUUAUUAAUUUAGAAUUUUGAUGGAAUCAAAAGACUACACUACAAUUUUGUUUUAUAUUAGAAUAAUAGAUGAUACUGGGAUAUGUUUAAUUUACAGAAUUUACCCCUUUACAAAAGCAUAAUACCGGUUUGAAAAUUGUCAUGGAAACUGUUCAUGUAUUCGUAUAAAAAAUAUUUCAUAAGUUCAUUACAAAUUGAUGUGGCGGGAUUCAUAUCAGUUGAAGUGAAUGUAACAUACAUUCAAGCUUAUUAGAGAAAAACUAUCAUAGAUUGAUAUUUGUUUGAGACAUUGAAAAAAAAAACUUGAAACCAGAUUUGAAUUGAUGCGUCAUGCACUCUUUAAUUGCAUUAAAAGAAAAAAAAUGGAAAUCAAUAUAACAAAAAUGGAAAGCACUAGUAAGACUGCAAGUAAAUGGGUGUUUAGUACUGCCAAGUGCUGAUUCAUGUGUAUAUAUCUUUGUAAAACUUAAGAAAAGUUUCAAAAAUGUUUGUAGUGUAAAUAGUGCAUUUAUGAUAUGAAUGAGUCUUAAUCUCUUGAAAUUAGCCUCAAUUUAUCACUAAAGCCUGAUGACAAUUCAUAAUUUAUGUAAUUAUAUUUAUCACUUUCAUUGUUAAAUAAAUAAUACAUUCAAAAAUGUUAGCUUUGUACAUAACUGAUUGGUAAUCUGAAAAUAUAAUUGUUACUAUUUUGCUCUCGAGUUGAACUCAUUACAUAUGUGUAUUUUGAAUGUUGUUAUCGACAGUGACUGUAAGCUUGUAAUUUAUUUGGAAUGUUGAUCGAAUCAAAUGUAAAUUAAACUUAAAUAUAUUUAUUCACAAUUGUUACAUUUUAAACUAUUUCAAUAGAACUUAAUGUUCCAUUCAU